AAGAGUGAGAUUUGGGAUCAGUAAAAAUCAGUCGACAGUAGCUGCUUGCUUCCUCAACCGAUCCGUUUUGAGAUCAAAAAGGAGGUUUCCUAAUAUUCGUCUUUAAUGGCGAAAGAGAAAAUCCUAAGACCUUGGUUUCUGGAUCUCGUACCGGCUUUAGUUAUCUUACUCGCGGCAGCUCAUGUCAUCGCCUUGGGUUAUUGGAUUUACAGAUUGGUAACUGAUCGUCGCGCUCAGAGUCAGAGAGGGAAGUUUCACUGAGGAAAGGAGUAUUCUUCAGUGGUGUUUCCACAAAUAGACUAUAGUCUGAUGGUAAGACCAAAUAUGUGUUCGUUAAGACAGAGUUGUAGUGUCUCUGUAUAGUUACUGAAAUUGUAAGAACCUGCUGCAAGUUGUAACCAAAAGUGGAACACUGUCUUGGAAAACUUUUUUUUUUUUAUAUUAGCUGGAAGUGAUAUUGAGUAGUCAUCAUAUCAAAAUGGUGAAAUAAGUUGUUUCCAUGACAUAUUUAGGAGAGCUAAUAAUAACUUAACACAA